AUGACGCCCCCACCACCGACAUCAAUACACCUCUCCCUGGCUUCUUCUCCCUCGUCAGAACCGAAAAUAACAUAUAUCCUCUACUUCGUCCCUGGAAACCCAGGACUGGUUGGGUACUACACGCUCUUUCUCACUCACCUGUUCUCUCUUCUCACAUCUGCAUCCCCCGCCAAUGUCGCGUUCGAAGUGCACGGCAGGUCCCUCGCGGGCUUUGAAUGCACUUCCAACGAGGAUGAGGGAAAGGCGAAAGGAAAAGGGCCGUUCACGGUGAAAGAGCAGGUUGCGUUCGCGGCUGGGGAUGUGCGGAGGGUUGUGCGGGAUGUUAAAGCGAGGAGGAAGGGGGAUGUGAAGGUCGUGUUGAUGGGUCAUAGUCUCGGCACGUACAUGUGUCUUGAACUUAUCCGUCAUUUUUCUGUUUCACACUCGACGAAGUGUGGGAGGGAACAAGGGGGAGUAGACGGGGAGGUGGAUGUGGCAGGCGGAGUUCUCCUCUUCGCGACGAUACAACAUCUCGCGCUAUCGCCCCGAGGCAUCAAAGCGUCGCCGUUGCUGCUCACGCCGCCGCUCGGGGUCGAUUUGGCGGUCGUGCUGGGCUGGGUUGCGAGGGUUCUGUUUGGCCUUGUGCCGGUUGGGAUGGUAGCAGCGCUGGUGGGGUGGGUUAUGGGGUUUCCUGCUGAUGCGGCGAGGACGACGGCGGGGUUCUUGAAGUCGAAGGGGGGUGUCAGGCAGGCGUUGUUCAUGGCGAGGGACGAGAUGGUGGAGAUUGGGGAGGAUAAAUGGGGGGAGGAGGUUUGGGGUGCGGUGAGCGCGACGGCGGGGAAGAGGAAAGGAGGCCCGGUAUUGAAGUUUCUGUUCGCGAGGGAGGAUCAUUGGAUUGCGGAUGAGGUCAGGGAUGGGAUUAUCAAGGCUAGGGGGAGGAAGAUGGUGAGGAGGCGGGAGGUCGUGGAUGAUGGGGUGGAGGUGGUCGUGGACGAGUGGAAGCCGGAGAUGGAGGUUGAUGAGGUGGAGGGCUGGACGCAUGAUUUUUGCAUCAGAGAUAGCGUGAGUGUUGCGCGGAGGGCGAUGGAGUAUAUCGAGGAUAUCGUCGAGCGGGAUAUGAGUCGGUAG